AUGGCGGCCUCUAUUCUCACCACCCCUACAGAGCUGUUGCGCCUCGUAUUUGCAACUUUAUCGCGCAGCGAUCUCUACGCACUAUGUCUUACGCAUAGGGACUUGCGCGCGGUUGCUGAGUCAUUUCUCUACGCUCGCGUCGAAUUGACAUGGACAAAAUCUCAAACCCCUCCGAUCGCUCAGUUUUUGCAUAAUAUCGUGCGAAGGCCCGAGCUCGCAAGUUCUGUUCAUGUUCUGGUCCUGAGUGGGCAUAGCUUCGAUGACUACUUCUAUGAAUACAAGAUAAGUAGUCCGAAACUUCCGCUUGGUGAAGUUCCUUUGGAUGGGCUCGUGAACUGUAUUGAAAAUCUCUCCGUUUCAUUUGCCAGUGAAUGGAUCCAAGAGUUACGCGCCGGAACAGUGGACGCGUUCAUGUCACUUUUAUUAUCACAGCUCCGAAGUCUGAAAUCUCUCCAGCUCAGCCAAAACUUUACCCGAGAGAGUCGCCUUAUGGGUAUGAUGCUCCGCUCGGCCCUCUGUGAAAAAAAUAGCCAUCUCAGUUCCUUUGCAUAUCUCCAAGAUGUCGAGGCUGUAUUUCCCGGCAUUGGCCUCUUUAUACGCAAGUAUACAGACGCUAGGAAUACUGCAGAUGUCCUCCCCCUCUUCUACCUACCGUCUGUUGAAAGGAUAAGGGUCUUGAUUGAUAACCCGCCAACUUUCAAAUGGCCCGGGAAAACCCUACCAAAUCCAUCCAAACUCAUAUCGCUCGAUUUGACAAUGCUACGUGAAGGGCCUCUCGCCCAAGUACUAUCAACUACCCCAAACCUUCGAAAAUUGAAAUGGGAUUGGUACUUUCGGCGAGAUCUUCAAGAUGAAUAUGUCACCGACAUCAUUGAUUUGGAUCAAUUAGCCGCGGGUCUAUCCCACGUUCAAAAUUCUUUAACAGAUUUGACUAUUACGGCAGGGACAUCCAACUCAGAUGCAUCUCUCAACUUCCCGGAGAAGUUCCAAUUGCCUUUCUGCUUGGAUUUUCUCAGUCUACGCCUAAUGUGGCUCGCCUAG